ACACGUCUAUUGUUAAAUUCUUAUGAAACUGAACACUUCGCCAUUUCGAGAUCAUUGGCAGUCUCAACACCGUCGGCUACGGUCCACCGAAUAUUUCUCUUGCGGUUUCGAGUAUCAAAAUCAUCAUCGAACAUGACAGACCAUCUAUGGUUGGGAUUGUUCCUGCUAACUUUAGCCGCAUACUAUGCAGCCGGCGACACAAACAAUUCAAAGCUACCAGAUGAAAACAUUACAGCUGGACAUGAGUUGAGAAAACAACUGUUGAAAAAUUACGACAAAGUAGUGGUGCCGGCUACAAAUAAGAAACUCGUUCAUAUGAAAGUUAACACUGUAUUCAACAGCGUGGAAUUGAGUUAUGAAAAUUCUCAUAUGAUAAUUUACGCCUGGUUAAAAAUGGUGUGGAAUGACGAACGACUGACAUGGAACCCAACCGAUUAUGAUAAAAUCAAUUACAUAACAGUCGAACACCACGAAAUUUGGCAUCCGGACAUAAUGGCCUAUAAUAACAUAGACUACAACACUAUAGAAGACAGAUAUCCACUGAGUAUGGUGAGAAGCACCGGAGAAGUAAUGUGGGUACAACCCGUAAAGUUCAGGAUACACUGCCAAGCCGACAUGACCUAUUGGCCGUUCGAUACGCAAACCGGAGUUUUGAAAAUCGGAUCGUGGGUGCACAGCACGAACGUGAUAAAUCUGACAGACACUGCACACGAGAUCGAAGUCAUUAGUCCUCACUCGGAAUGGCAAAUAUUACAAGUUUCUAGUGAGAAAAUGACAAAAAUCUAUUCCUGCUGCCCGAACGAACCAUACAAUCAUGUCGAAUACAACAUCACCAUCAAUCGGAAAAUUAAUCAUUAUCAUUCGAUUGUUUUCAUACCGGCGUCAUGUACAGCUCUGAUGAAUUUACUGGUGUUUUGGCUUUCACUAGAUGACAGAUGUAAAUUGAUAAUUAGCCUAUUCAACGCAUUAAUUGUUGUCGUCAUUCUACAGGUUUUAUACUCGAAAAUACCUCUGAUACUAUCCACUGUCCCAUUAAUUACUACAUACUACACGUACAGUCUCGCACUAAUAGUUUCGACGGCUAUAAUAUCAGUGAUGAUAAAAAAUAUGGUAAUAACACGGAAACCACUUUCGAAACCAAUUUCAAGUAUCAUUCAAUCCAGAUUAAUAGAAUUCUUGACAAUGAAGGAACCGUCGUCGAACAAUCGAACUGAAAACGAAAGCAAUGAAAUAGAUUUACAAUACGUGGAGUUUGACAAAAGACAAGCAUUUGCUAAAAUAAUUGAUAAAAUAUGUUUUGUUAUAUUUUCAAUUAUUUAUGCUAUACUUCUAUCACGCUUUGUGUUUUAGUUGGUGUAAAUAAUAAUAUUUUUUAAGUGUAUUUAAAGUCAUUGCAGCAUGAGUAUGGGCUUCUAAAUAUCAAUUUAAACAUAUUUAUCGUUUAUAUAUUAUUAAUUAUUAUACAAUCGUAAGAUGGGAUUAAAUAACAAUAACAUUUCAUUUUUAAAAAUUAUCCUCGUUACUCGCAAAUUUCUGUUUCUCCAACUAUUCUAGUAGUCUCGUAUUACUUACCCAGAUAAUAUAUGUUAUACUCAUACGUACGUACUAAUUCAAUAUUAUUUUUAGAAGAAUUAUAAUAAUUAUAUUUUCUAAUUAAAUCACAUUAUGAUUGUAUUAACUAAAAACAAUAAAACUUGAAAAUAAUUUA